GCAUCCAUGUCAGACGGAGCUGAAAUGCAAUUCACGAUGGAAAACCAGCGAUAUAAAACAAAACACACAUCGCUAAUGGAGCCAUUGUCUCGCUCCCAACUCUCUCAACAAACAAUGGCGAUUGCACUGAGAAGAUAUCUGAACCCUAAACCUCUCUCUUUAGCUGUCGCUCUAUCUCUCCUCCUCGCGGUCUCCUCUGCAAAAGUAUUCUUUGAGGAGCGUUUUGAUGAUGGAUGGGAGAGCCGGUGGGUCAAAUCUGACUGGAAGAGAAAUGACAAAACGGCGGGUGAGUGGAAUUACACUGCUGGAAAGUGGCAUGGAGACUCAAAUGACAAAGGUAUUCAGACAAGUGAAGACUAUAGGUUCUACGCCAUCUCAGCCGAAUUCCCUGAAUUCAGUAAUAAAGAUAAAACAUUGGUUUUCCAGUUUUCUGUAAAGCAUGAGCAGAAGCUAGACUGUGGUGGUGGAUACAUGAAGUUACUCAGCGGUGAAGUGGACCAGAAAGAAUUUGGUGGUGACACCCCAUACAGUAUCAUGUUCGGGCCAGAUAUUUGUGGCUACUCCACCAAAAAGGUUCAUGCUAUUCUGACCUACAAUGGAACGAACCACUUGAUCAAGAAGGAAGUUCCAUGUGAGACUGACCAAUUGACUCACGUCUAUACCUUCAUCCUCCGCCCAGACGCUACUUACAGCAUCCUCAUUGACAACUCGGAAAAGCAGACUGGUAGCUUGUACAGUGACUGGGAUAUUCUCCCUCCAAAGAAGAUCAAGGACCCUGAAGCUAAAAAGCCCGAGGAUUGGGACGAUAAGGAAUUCAUUUCUGAUCCAGAUGAUAAGAAGCCAGAGGGUUAUGAUGACAUCCCAAAGGAGAUUGUGGAUCCUGAGGCCAAAAAGCCUGAGGACUGGGAUGAUGAGGAGGAUGGUGAGUGGACUUCUCCAACCAUUCCCAAUCCCGAGUACAAGGGCCCAUGGAAGGCAAAGAAAAUCAAGAACCCCAACUACAAGGGCAAGUGGAAGGCGCCAUUGAUUGAUAACCCAGAGUUCAAGGAUGACCCAGAUCUCUACGUUUUCCCUAAAUUGAAGUAUGUUGGAAUUGAGUUAUGGCAGGUGAAAUCAGGAACAUUGUUUGACAACAUCUUGAUAGCUGAUGACCCGGAAUAUGCUAAACAAGUGGCUGAAGACACAUGGGGCAAACAAAAGGAUGCCGAGAAAGCAGCUUUUGAUGAGGCAGAAAAGAAGAGAGAAGAGGAAUCUAAGGAUGAUGAUGAGGACCCACUAGAGUCUGAUGCUGAGGAUGGAGAUGAUGAUGCUGAUGACAGAAAAGACGCUGAUGAUGAAGAAAUCGAUGCCAAAUCUGCAGAAGAACCAGCCGAUGGUGAUAAACAUGAACUAGAGGCAUUCAAUGAAGUCUUGUUAGUUAAGCAGCUGUGGAGGGUAGUCACUCAACCUAAUCUUCUCAUGAGUAGGCUUAUUAAAGGAAGAUAUUUCCACAACCAAAGAAUUCUUGAAGUUAGGAAGAAGGAUGGGGAUUCUUGUCUGUGGAAAAGCUGGUUGGGGGAGAGUCCUUUAAACCCGACCUACAAUUUCAAUGAGAUGAUGAGAGAUUGUCAUGUGGGAAGGAAAGACAAACUUGUGUGGCAUCACAACCCCAAUGGAAAGUUUUCUGUCAAAUCUACUUAUGAGGCUAUCAUAGCUCAUAGAAAUCUUAGUCUUGAACCUCAAUGCUCUAGACUUGGAAAUGCAAAACAAGAAUUAAUAUGGAAGAAGACAUGGAAGCUGCCUCUUCAACCCAGCCUCAAACAUUUUAUAUGGAGAUGCUACCAAGGUUUUUUGAGCACUAGAUGCCAACUUAAGAAGCGAGGAAUGAAGGUGAAAGAGAUAUGUGCUUUGUGUGGGGAGGGGCUAGAGAGUAUUGAACAUUUGUUAUUUACUUGUUCACAAACCAGAAGCCUGGAAUGGGCUUUGCUGCAAGACCACAACACAACUUUCAAAGCUUGGUGGGAGGAUGUAUGCAACAUACCUAGAGCUAACAUUCUUCAAGUCAUAAUUAUUCUUUCAUUCUGUUUGAUGUGGAACAUAUGGAAAGCUAGAAAUGACUGGGUGUUCAAGAACAAACAAUAUCAGGUGAUGGAAGUGGUGAGGAAAGCAAGAAGUGACUGGUUAAGCCUAGAAGAUCUGAAGACUGGUGGUCCCUGCUUUCCAAACUCAUCUGGUCGAGGAUUGUAA